GGUUUGACACACUGGCUUACGUACGCAUAAUAACCUCUCCAGGAAGAAAACCUAUUCACAUGUGAAUAGGGGUUCAAUUCAACGAAGAACUUUGUUGACCAAUGGAAGCCAAAGUCAUCCUUGUCUUUCGUUCAUUCAUGCUCAUGGUGUAUUCACUCAGAGGUAUAAAAUAUAGCAAUGUCGUUAGUUGAAUAUCAAUAAAAACCAUUAAACACACUGACUUUCACUUCAGACAUGGAGGAUUCUCAUUAUUAUUGGUUCCUUUUGCUCAUCUCCCUCGCCGUCGCCGCUCUCCUCAGAUCUCUGCUAAACAUUUCCUCCCCCGGCAAACCAUCCCUUCCGCCGGGCCCCGCCGCCGUCCCCAUCAUCGGAAACCUCAUAUGGCUCCGCAAGCCACUCUCCGAACUGGAGUCCGUACUCCGCACUCUCCACGCCAAACACGGCCCCGCCGUCACUAUCCGCAUCGGCGGUCGCCCCGCCAUCUAUGUCGCCGACCGCACCCUCGCCCACCAAGCCUUGAUCCAGAGCGGCGCCGUAUUUGCCAGCCGGCCACCCGCUCCGCCCAUCUCCUUCGUCACCGGCAGCAACCAGCACAGCAUCAACGCCGCCCCCUACGGCCCCACGUGGCGCCUCCUCCGCCGCAACCUGACCUCCGAGAUCCUCCACCCGUCGCGCGUGAGGUCCUACUCCAACGCGCGUGACUGGACGCUCCGCAUCCUCAAGACCCGCCUCCUCGAAUCCGGAUCCGCCCAGCCGGUUCGGGUCAUGGAUCAGUUCCAGUACGCGAUGUUCUGCCUGCUGGUGUUCAUGUGCUUCGGCGACAAGCUCGGCGAGAACCAGAUCUCGGAGAUCGAGAGGGUCGAGCGCCAGAUGCUCCUCAACAUCCGGAGGUUCAACGCUCUCAACUUCUGGCCGCGGCUCGGCCGGAUCUUCCUCCGAAACCGGUGGUCGGAGUUUCUGCGGCUGCGGCAGGAGCAGGAGGACGUGCUGCUCCCUCUGAUUCGAGCGAGAAAGGAUCUCAAAGAAGGAAGACCUAAUCGCCAAAUCAAGGAAGACAGCCACAAAGACGACUACGUUUUAGCAUACGUCGACACGCUCUUCGAUUUGGAAUUGCCGGAGGAGGGGAAGCGGAAGCUGACGGAGACAGAGAUGGUGACUCUCUGCAACGAGUUCCUCAACGCCGGCACCGACACCACCGCGACCGCCUUGCAGUGGAUAAUGGCCAAUUUGGUCAAGUACCCCGAUGUCCAAAACAAGGUGUUCGAGGAAAUGAAAUCCCUAAUCGGCGACACACGGCGAGAAGAAAUUAGAGAGGAGGAUCUCAGCAAGCUACCGUAUCUGAAGGCGGUGGUUCUAGAAGGACUCCGGCGCCACCCGCCGGGGCAUUUCGUGCUGCCGCACACGGUGACGGAGGAGGUGGAGCUGGGCGGGUAUUUGGUGCCGAAGAAAGCGAGGGUGAAUUUCAUGGUGGCCGAGAUGGGUCGGGACCCGGAAGUGUGGGAGGAUCCGAUGGCGUUUAACCCGGAGAGGUUUGUUGGGGAGAAGACGACGACGUUUGACAUAACGGGAAGCAAGGAGAUCAAAAUGAUGCCGUUUGGGGUGGGGAGGAGGAUGUGCCCUGGAUAUGCAUUGGCUUUGCUGCAUUUGGAGUACUUUGUGGCCAAUUUGGUAUGGAGUUUCGAGUGGAAAGCUGUGGAAGGCGAUGAAGUGGAUCUUUCGGAGAAGCCAGAGUUUACGGUGGUGAUGAAGAAUCCAUUGCGGGCGCAAGUCUUCCCAAGGGGUUAAGUGUUGUAUUAUUAUAUAUUGUGUGUCUACGAAACCGUUCUAUGCAACUUUUGCGUGUACCAUAUAUUUUCAAUAAAAAAAAUAAAGAUUGAAUUUUAUGUAGUAUAUAUAAGGUUGUCAAACUGGUUUAAAUUGUUAUACUGGUUUAGCAAAUUGUAUGUAUUGGCUAGAGUGCAAUGAGUUUGUCGAUUUUAAAUAAAUAUGUGGAGAAAGUGGAAAAUGGUUAACAUUAAAUUAUUUACACCUAU